UGAUCAGCGUGGUAGAUGCUUAUCUAACAUCAUAUUUAAACUGCAAAUAUCCAUCAGUGCACAGCGCUUGAUUACGUUGAUGCCUCCUUUAAAUAUCAAUCAUUCAUUACAGGGAGUUAAGCAAAUUAUAGGAGUACAACCGGUGACAGCUGAGAGCAUGAACUGUGCAUUUCGUAUUUUUAUGGAAGAAGCUGUAAAAGGAAAGCUUGGCAGAUCAAAAUUUAUGGUUUGACAGGCAUCAUGAGUAUAAAAAGGUGAACGGAGUGUUGAUCAAUGGAAAAAAGAGUAACAAUCGCGAUUAUAGUGCCAUGUGCUAUUGUUCUGCUGCUAGUUAUACUCCUGCUCGUAGCUUACUCAAUGCUACGGAAUGUUGACAAGAAGUACCAAGCACGGAUUCACAAGGAAGUGAAUGGAUCGGCUAAGCUACAGAACGAGUUUCUGAAGGAUGGUCGUGCGAGAGAAUAUUUGCUGGCUAUCACGGGUAGCAACAUCGAUAACAAUGAAGUACUGGGAUUAAUGAUGGAAAUACUUGGUGCUGAUGCUUCGGGGUUGAUAGAAGAGCUGGAUAAGCACAAACAGGCUGAACUAGAUUACGAUAAGCAUAAAGAUCUGCACGGUACCGGUUCGCUGCAACGUUGCACGAAUUGGAUCGCGUACAACACCUUGAAGAAGCACAAAAUGCUUUGCAACACGAACAUUCUGGUGAAAGUGGCUGCUAAAAUAUUUCGUAAUUUCCCGAUUUGCAUCAUUAAUCGGCAGAUAAGCUUUUUCAAUCGCUCAUCUCCUAAAUGUCAGAGAAACGUAUUUAUUGCCGUUUCGAGAAACAAUGCGCAUAAAAUUUAUCAAUUGCAUGUCGAUGAUGCUAAAAAGACGCUAGAGGUGGAGGAUAAACUGAGUGUCACGGUAAAAGAGGACGAAAAUCUUGCCGUGGCCUAUGGAUUAAUAUCUGUGUUGCGCGCUUCAUCAACCUAGCAAUUCUUGAGCAGGUGCUUAUUUGCCGUACUCAAUUAAAAUAGUUUGGGCAAA